AUGUCGAUCCGAAUAUAGUCUGACGUCCGCUCCAUGGACUGCUGCCCACAAUUCCUCUAUAUGUGCCUGCACGCUGUCGCUCCAUGACCGGCCCUUCUGUCUCUGUACCUCGGCGACCAGUAGUAUCAGCCGCCAUGCGAUAUACGAUUCAUCGGCGUCGAGCCAGCCUAUCGAUUUGGCGAUCGUCUCGAUUACCUUGCAUCUGCGCGAUCUGCUGGUCGUCGAGUCCCCGCGAGACCAGGAUCCCGCCCAUCGCGUGUACUAGUGCCAGCACCACAGGGCUGAAAUGGGUGCGCGGUGGCGACGAACCCAGCAUCUGCCACAGCUUCAGCAGCUCACGGAACACCCGCUCAGAACUGUCCUGUGGAUCAAUCACGUUGACGUCGGUCAGGGGCUCUGGCAGGGUUGGUGUUACAAGGUACGCGGCGAACUGGGCAUCUGGGUCGAACAGCACGACACAGGCGCCAAGAAUAUGCUGCAGCAGCAUGCCCAUCAAAACGCCGGUGUCUGUGCGUGGCCCAGGCACGCCCUGCAGCUCACUUUGCCAGUCACACGUGCGGAUAUCUCUGACCGUCACCUCACUGGCAGCCUCACUGCUGAUGAACGGGUUGAUAUUACGCCUGUGGAUGCCUGCGAGUGCCACACUGAGCGUCUGCAGAACCUCAUGGUGCAGCAGCACACGCCGGUUCUCUGCCCCUUUACUCGCCCACGCAACAAACUUCAAAACCAGCAUUGCGCGCUCCAGGCUCUUGUCCGCUACACUAUCGGUAUGCAGAAGCCAGCAUGCCUUGAGAGCGGCAGCCAGCGCGCUGUGCACGGCAAUGGUCACGCGGGAUGGUAGAACCGCACACGCCGUGGCCUGCUCCUCCGCAGUGUGUCUGUGAGGAACCCGUGGUUUCGCGCGACCGCUGAACCCAGACCGCUUCAGAACGGCGAGUAGCAACUACAGUAAAGACACUUGUCAG